AUGGACGAUUUUCUCUCUCUCGUCCUACCCGCACCAGAGGAUGCCCCAUUUCUUCUCGAGAUGCCAGACAUCUCAAUAGCUGUCAAUCAAGAAGCCGCCCCUGAACUACCUGGUAUGAUGACUGUAUUCAAGCCUGCGCCAAAGAUAGCCUGCCGUCAACAUAGUUCUGCCAUGGCUUGUCUCUGUGGUUUUGCCACCGCGCUACCUCCCAAGCCACCACCAACUUCGACCUUCUCCUGCCUCCCCAGGCCCUUUAUUCUUCUCCAUUCCGUUCAUUUUAUCCUUACCUCUUCUCUGUCCUUUUAG